AGACCGUGUUCGACACGUUGCACGGCUUGUCUCAUCCAGGCGUUCGUGCAUCGGUUAAACUCGUAACCGCACGAUUCGUUUGGCGCAAUGUUAAUCGGGACGUCCGUACUUGGGCAGCUGCUUGCCUUCCGUGUCAACGCGCGAAGGUGCACAAGCACACGAGAAGCCCAUUAGGCACGUUUCCGACGCCAGACGCACGUUUUCAUCACGUGCACGUCGACCUCGUAGGUCCUCUACCGCCUUCCAAAGGCUCGGUAUAUCUACUGACCUGCAUCGAUCGAUUUACUAGAUGGCCUGAGGCCGUCCCCAUCCCAAAUUGCUCCUCGGAAACAGUAGCGAAAGCUUUUAUGGAGCGCUGGGUGGCUCAAUACGGC